CUCCUGUCAUAAUAGAGGAAGAGAACAGCAACGACAACAACAAACGCGCCUGGCAGAUGUGUAGUUAUUGCCUAAUGUUAGAUAUCAAUUUCAUAUGAAUCACUAUAAACUCAUUUUCUUUGUUCCUACCCAAGCAGGGCAACUCAUUCUGGCCUAUUCAUUUCUUAGUGCAUCCAGGAUGAUCAGAUCUAGAACAUACAACUCCUGAAGAUUUCAGAAAGCCAGCAGUGAAAUCCUCACUGGAAGAAUGGCCCAGCAGAGAGGAGUCAACAGCCUGCAAUUCAACCAGGACCAGAGUUGUUUCUGCUGUGCCAUGGAGACUGGUGUUCGGAUUUAUAAUGUGGAACCUUUAAUGGAAAAGGGGCAUUUAGACCAUGAGCAGGUGGGCAGCAUUGCUUUUUGUUCAAUGCUUCAUCGAUCUAACCUCUUGGCUGUGGUGGGAGGCGGCAUCAAUCCCAAAUUCUCUGAAAUCUCAGUAUUAAUUUGGGAUGAUGCUCGGGAAGUCCGAGACCCCAAAGACAAACUUGUCCUUGAGUUCAUGUUCACCAAACCAGUGCUCGCUGUGUGCAUGAGACAUGACAAAAUCAUCAUUGUCUUGAAAAACAGGAUCUACGUUUAUAGUUUCCCUGACAACCCUGUCAAACUCUUUGAGUUUGACACACGAGAUAAUCCAAAAGGUUUGUGUGAACUGUGCCCUAGUUUGGAAAAGCAGUUUUUGGUUUUCCCAGGACAUAAAUGUGGCAGUCUACAGUUAAUGGACCUUUCCAACACAAAACCUGGCACGUCUUCUGCCCCGUUCACCAUCAAUGCCCAUCAGAGUGAAAUCGCCUGUCUGGCACUCAAUCAGCCUGGCAGUGUGGUGGCCUCUGCUUCCCGGAAGGGCACCUUGAUCCGUCUGUUUGACACUACAACGCGAGAUAAACUAGUUGAACUACGAAGAGGAACUGACCCUGCCACAUUAUACUGCAUUAAUUUCAGCCAUGACUCCUCCUUUCUGUGUGCAUCAAGUGACAAGGGAACUGUUCACAUAUUUGCUCUGAAAGAUACCAAACUUAAUCGCCGCUCAGCCUUGGCGCGUGUAGGUAAGGUGGGACCAGUUAUUGGACAGUAUGUGGACAGUCAGUGGUCUUUGGCUAACUUCACUGUUCCAGCCGAAUGCGCUUGUAUCUGUGCUUUUGGGAAGAACACCUCCAAAAACGUCAACUCUGUUAUUGCCAUAUGUGUUGAUGGGACAUUCCACAAGUACGUCUUCACCCCAAAUGGAAACUGCAACCGUGAAGCUUUUGACAUGUAUCUGGACAUUUGUGAUGAUGAUGAUUUUUAAAACUGGAGAACUUUGAUCUGUUACUACAGUUAAUGGCAACAUGUAAAAUACUACUUUAACAUUGAGCUCUGCUAAUUGAAAUGCUAUGUCAUUGAUGCUUAUUUGUGUGAUCAAAUGUGCAUAAAAGACUGUGUAAUGUGAAUAAAAUGUCUUAUUAACAUUUAUCAAAUCCACAUGAAGAAAUGUACUGUAUGAUCUUCUGAAAACCUUCUAUUCCAAAGCGUAUGAUCUUCUGCUUGUACUCCAGAAAUCCACAACCUUUGAACAGCUUUGAAUGAUUUUCUGUCACUAUGUGACAUGUUGUUUUUUUUAUACUUCUGAGGAAUAAAAUCCCUCACACUAUAAGGAACUCUGUGUUUAUUAAAACAAUGCAACCUUUUGAGGUUAUAGUACUGGACUAUAUUACACACAGGGAGAUAGCAGUUCACUUCCAAAGUGAUAUAUAAUCGAUUAAUUGGUUAAUCGGGGUUAUAAACACCACACAAAUUUAGCUUUAUGAAUUUUGGAUUUUAUAUUUUGUCUUGUUAUACAU